AUGUAUAUUUAUGACAAAACAACGUUCGUGGCUCUCCAAAUACACGAUAGUGCGAGUGGACAAAUAUAUAACAUCUGUGGUCAAUGGCAAGGAUGCUGGAAAGUAGGUGUACAAACGUAUAUUUUGAAUCAUAUUUUAACAAUUCCGAUCUUUGAAGGCGUGUACUUAUUAAUACUCGAAUUGAGCGUUUUAAACCCGGGUACUGAAGUUGGUAAAAAGAUCGGUACUCCAGUUUCAUACACCGAGGAAGACGCAGCACAAAGUAAUAAAGCGAGUUCGUCCAACAAUGGUACUGUUCCCAAACCUACGGCAACAAGUAAUGCAAAGAAAGCAGAACCCCAUCCAUCACCAUACAACAACAAUAAUAAAAUUUCCUUGAAUCAAUCAUUGACCAUGGGGCAUAUUCAUCCUAUAUCCAGCUUAAGUCCCAACCAAAAUAAAUGGGUAAUCAAAGCCCGUGUUACAGCAAAAGACCCAAUGCACACAUUUAGAAAUGCAAAGGGUGAAGGUAUAAGUUUUAGUGUGAAUUUAAUAGAUGAAUCUGGAGAGAUACGUGCGACCGCUUUUCGCGCACAAGCGAAGAAAUUUUAUGGCAUCAUUGAAGUUGGUCGUGUUUACUAUAUAUCGAAAUGUCAGCUGAAACCAGCGAAUAAACAGUUUAACACCCUGAAACAUGAUUAUGAAAUGACACUGACGGGCUUAACAGAAAUCAAACCAUGCGAGGAAGACGAUAAUGAUAUACCAGAAAUUAAAUACGAUUUGGUUCCCAUAUCGAAAUUGGCGAACCUAGAACCAAAUACAACUGUCGAUACAAUCGGUAUUUGCAAAGAAGUUGGCGAACUGCACACAUUCCCUUCCGGCAAAAAAAGGCGUGAACUGACACUGGUUGACUCCAGCAAUGCUGCUGUGAUUUUAAAACUAUGGGAUGAUGAUGCCGUUAACUUCGAUGUCCACGCACAACAACAAGUGAUUUUAGUCAAAGGUGCACGUGUAACGGAAUUUAAUGGUGAUAAGGAAAUAAACAAGCGCAAUAGCUCUGUUAUGAAAAUAAACCCGGAUAUCCCGGAAGGGAAUAAACUGCGUGGCUGGUUCGAUAAUGGCGGUGGUGAACAUAUUUCCAAUAUGAUUUCCAACAGAACCGGUGGUGCUGGUGGUGGCUUUAGCACCGAUAUUUGAUAAACAACCUUAAAGAGUUAACAGGCAUUAACAAAAAUUAAAUCAAUUUGAAAUUGUUUACGUGAAUAUUAUUUAUGUUUAUUUCUAUCUGUUCGUGUUACACAUAAUACAUAUAUUCUUUUAUUUAAUAUUCUAAAAUCACUUUUUC